GUUUUGUUGAUAAAAUUGUUGCGUUAUUUUUUUUUAUUUUUUUUUACUUUUGUGGAUAUGUCAAAUAAAAAUGUUUCCGAGAUUCCUAUUUCUGAAGAGGAGUUGAAGAUACGAAGUGAGCUUGCGAUGAAGAUUGAAAAGGAUUUGGAAGAGGAGAUUAAGGAAGGAAUAUACAAUCUUGCUCGUCGAUUGAACCGAGUUUUUCAACAAAGGAAGGAAAGAGAGGCCAAAGAAGCGGCGUUCGAUAAGGUAAAUAACAAAACUAGAGCACUUUCUAAGGUGAUUAUAAACAUAGGAAUUGAAGGAGGGGCUAAGAUUGAAAUCAAGGAGGUUAACAAUAAAGAAGCAAAAGAAAGGCGUUGUGAUUUUCGACCAAAAAAAAGUUUGAAAGAAGUGAAGGAAAUUGAUUGGGAGAGGAGUUUGAGAAGAGGUUCAAGCCCUGUGAAAGGAGCAUAUGUUAGAUCAAAGCAAAAGGAUAGAAAUAUGAUGAGAGGAAAUAAGAAGGUUUUUCAAUUGGUGUGGAAAGUUUGAAGUUCAAUUUUUUUGGUUUGUUUUCUUUUUGUUUUGUUGCUUUGGAUUAUAUGGAAGAAUAAUAUAGUUUAGUUUGGGAUGAAUUUUCUUUAUCGCAAGAGAUGCAUGCAUUGAGUGGAUUGAAGGUUUGAAUAUUGUUUUGAUGAAACAGUAUAUAUAUCGGUUUAGUGUAAGAUAAUGAUAUUUAUGUUUUCAUAA